GCGGCUGUGCCGUGACCAGCACCCUGACCCAGCGCCCUGCCACGGGGGCAAGAGUGCCCCAAGCCCCCCUCCACCAUGUUCAACCUGAUGAAGAAAGACAAAGAGAAGGAUGGGGCCCGGAAGGAGAAAAAGAAGGAGAAGAAGGAGCGAAUGUCAGCAGCUGAGCUCAAGAGCCUGGAAGAGAUGAGCAUGCGCAGGGGCUUCUUCAACCUUAACCGUGCCUCCAAGCGGGACUCCAAGACCCGCCUGGAGAUCUCCAACCCCAUCCCCAUCAAGGUGGCCAGCGGCUCCGAACUGCACCUCACGGACAUCGACUCCGACAGCAACCGGGGCAGUGUCAUCUUGGACUCGGGCCACCUGAGCACGGCCAGCUCCAGUGACGAUCUCAAGGUGGACGAUGGCAACUUCAAGGGCUCGGUGCUGCAGCGGGCGGCCAAGUUUGGCUCCUUGGCCAAGCAGAACUCCCAGGUGAUCGUCAAACGCUUCUCUUUCUCCCAGAAAAGCCGAGAUGAGAGCACCUCGGAGACCUCCACCCCCUCUGAGCACUCGGCAGCCCCCUCCCCGCAGGUGGAGGUGCGCACGCUGGAGACCCCACUUGACAAGCAUGGGGUUCCCCCUGGACUGCCCUGCACCCCUCCUGCCACCUCCUUGCGUGCCAGGGUGCCGGAGCUCAUCGGCAAGAGGUUCCCCAUUGAGCUGCGGCUGCCCGCCUUGGUGCCCCCCCAGCCCCCCACCCCACGGCAGCUGGAGCUGCAAAGGCGCAACACCGGCGAUUUUGGCUUCUCCCUGCGCCGCACCACCAUGCUGGACCGGGGGCCCGAUGGGCAGGUGUACCGGCGUGUCGUGCACUUCGCCGAGCCCGGAGCUGGCACCAAAGAUUUGGCGUUGGGAUUGGUGCCGGGAGACCGUCUGGUGGAAAUCAACGGACUAAACGUGGAGAACAAAUCCCGGGAUGAGAUCGUGGAGAUGAUCCGGCAGUCGGGGGAGACGGUGCAGCUGAAGGUGCAGCCCAUCCUGGAGCUGAGCGAGCUGAGCCGGUGCUGGCUGCGGGGCGGCCAGGGGACACGCCGUGCUGCCUGGGAUGUCAAGGACGAGGACAAAUCUUUAGCUGUGAAAAGACCCGUGAAGGAGGACGGGCCUUCAGAGAGCCCGAAGGAUGUGGCAUCUGCACCCCCGAAACCUGAGCCCCCAAAACCUGAACCCCCGAAAUCUGAACCCCCAAAACCUCAGCCUGCGAAGAGCCCUGAGCCACCUGCUGGAAAAGGGAAGAGCCCAGAGCCGGUGCUGAAUGGGGCGGCCGUGAACGGGCUGGAGGGCCCGGCUGCCGAGGCACAGGAGGACGACAGCCAGGGCCUGUCCCGCCGCAGGGUGGUUCGGGUAGUGCGCAAGGUGGUCCGCAAAGUCCUGCCAGGGGAGGACACUGGCAGUGCCAAGGAGCCAGGGCAAGAUGCCAAGUCUCCCGAGCCAGUGCCACCCCCCAGGAAGGAGGAGACAGGCCGUGCGGGUGUCCCGGCUCCCCCGGCCCCACCACCACCUCCCCCUGCUGUGGUGCCGGCAGCUCCUGCCAAGUCGGAACCCAAGGAUGAGAUCUCAGCAGGGCUCAAAACCCUCAUGGCGAAGGGCAAAACCAAGGAGCACCGGCCGCGGCUCCGGCCGGGGGACAGGCAGGAGAAGUCCCCCGAUCCGGCCGGUGGGGACGCGAAGCCGUCCCUGUCCCUGGGCAGUGAAGCCAAGCCGGAGCCGCUGGUGCAGCCUUCGGGAGGGAAAGCGGAGCCGGCAAAGGCAUCUGCUCUGAAACCCACCGCCCUGGAGAGGCACAAGAAGCAGCAGACCAGCGAGAAGCGGCCGACCCCUGUGAAAACUGCCCCGACGCCCCCCAAGCAGGCUGCUCCCAGCCCUGCGUCCCAGCUGAGCCCAUCUGAGGAAGCGCAGCUCCGACUGGAGAGGAUCUUCACUACUUCUCUGGACCCCGCCGCCUCCGCCUCGGCACCCAGCCAGGGUCCAGUGGACGAUGCGCCGGCAGCUCCCCUUGGCCCCGUCCCUGCCGCAGCUCAGGCCAAAUCAGAGGAGCAGAUAGCGGCUGAGGAGGCCUGGUACGAGACCGAGAAGGUGUGGCUGGUGCACAGGGAUGGCUUCUCCUUGGGCAGCCAGCUGCGGCCGGAGGCGGGCAGUCCCCUGCCCGAGGGCAAGGUGAAGGUGAAACUGGACCACGAUGGAGCUAUCCUGGAGGUGGAGGAGGAUGAUGUGGAGAAGGCGAACCCCCCAUCGUGUGACCGCGUGGAAGACCUCGCCAGCCUCCUCUACCUCAAUGAGUCCAGCGUGCUGCACACGCUGCGGCAGCGCUACGGCGGCAACCUCCUGCACACCUACGCCGGGCCCACCAUGGUCAUCAUCAACCCGCUGAGCUCCCCCUCCAUGUACUCUGAGAAGGUCAUGCACAUGUUCAAGGGGUGCCGCAGGGAGGACAUGUCCCCGCACAUCUACGCGGUGGCCCAGGCCGCGUACCGCAGCAUGCUGAUGAGCCGCCAGGACCAGGCCGUCGUGCUGCUGGGCGCCAGCGGCAGCGGAAAGACCACCAACUGCCAGCACCUGGUCCAGUACCUCGCCACCAUCGCCGGCAGCACCGGCAAGGUCUUCUCCGCGGAGAAGUGGCAGGCUCUCUACACCAUCCUGGAGGCUUUUGGCAAUAGCAGCACCAGCAUGAACGGCAACGCCACCCGCUUCUCCCAGAUCAUCUCUCUGGACUUCGACCAGGCUGGGCAGGUGGCAUCUGCCUCCGUACAGACACUGCUGCUGGAGAAGCUGCGUGUGGCCAGGCGCCCGGCCAAAGAGACCACCUUCAACAUCUUCUACUACCUGCUGGCCUGCUCCGACAGCACCCUGCGGACUGAGCUUCACUUCAACCACCUUGCAGAGAACAACGUCUUCGGCAUCGUGCCCCCCUCCAAGCCAGAGGAAAAGCAGAAGGCGACCCAGCAGUUCAGCAAGCUCCUGGCAGCCAUGAAGGUGAUGGGCAUCUCGGGUGAUGAGCAGAAAGCCUUCUGGCUCAUUCUGGGGGCCAUUUACCACCUGGGAGCUGCUGGGGCCACCAAAGACGCCGACGAAGCCGGGAGGAAGCAGUUUGCACGUCACGAGUGGGCUCAGAAAGCCGCGUACCUGCUGGGCUGCAGCCUGGAGGAGCUCUCCUCUGCCAUCUUCAAGCACCAGCCCAAGGCCACCCUGCAGCGCUCCACCUCCUUCCGGCAGGGCCCCGAUGAGUCCCCCCUGGGGGAUGGUGGAACAGGUAGGGUGAGGUUUGGGGGGACAGCGGGUGGGCCCCAGGGGAUGACAGUGUCCCCAGGACACUCAGGGUUGCCUUGGCCAGGUCCCAAGCUGACGGCACUGGAGUGCCUGGAGGGCAUGGCAUCUGGUUUGUACUCGGAGCUCUUCACCCUCCUCAUCUCCCUCCUCAACAGGGCGCUGAAGUCGAGUCAGCACUCGGUGUGCUCGGUGACAGUUGUGGACACCCCCGGGGCGCAGAACCCUGAGCUGGCAGGGCAGAGCCGGGGGGCCACCUUCGAGGAGCUCUGCCACAACUAUGCCCAGGAGCGCCUGCAGCUCCUCUUCCACCAGCGCACCUUCGCCCGCGAGCUGGAGCGAUACAAGGAGGAGAACAUAGAGCUCACCCUGGCUGAUGCUGAGCCCAGCUCCUCUGGCUCCGUAGCUGCUGUAGACCAGUCCUCACACCAGGCACUGGUCCGGUCACUGGCCCGCACAGACGAGGCGCGGGGGCUGCUGUGGCUGCUGGAGGAGGAGGCGCUGCAGCCGGGCGGCAACGAGGACACCUUGUUGGAGCGGCUCUUCUCCUACUAUGGCCCACAGGAAGGGGGCAAGAAAGGGCACAACCCUCUGCUCCCCAGUGACAAACCCCGACACUUCCUCCUGGGCCACAGCUCGGGGACUAACUGGGUGGAGUACGAUGCCACCGGAUGGCUCAACUAUGUCAAGCACAACCCAGCCUCCCAAAAUGCCUCCGUCCUGCUACAGGAGUCCCAGAAGAAGGUGAUCAGCAGCCUCUUUGCCGGCCGUGGUGGGUCGGCGCUGGUGCUGUCGGGCUCGGUGGCGGGGCUGGAGGGGGGCUCCCAGCUGGCCUUGCGCCGGGCCACCAGCAUGCGCAAGACCUUCACCACCGGCGUGGCCGCCGUCAAGAAGAAAUCCCUCUGCAUCCAGAUCAAGCUGCAAGUGGAUGCCCUCAUUGACAGCAUCAAGAAGUCCAAGCUCCACUUUGUGCACUGCUUCCUGCCCAAGGCGGCGGGGGGCGGCGGGGACCCCCAGGCUCUGCCGUGCCGGCGGGUGAGCGGCAGCGAGCUGGAGCUGCCAGCGGAGCACUGCGAGGCCGGGCUCAUGCAGCUGGACGUGCCCCUCCUGCGCGCACAGCUCCGCGGCUCCCGCCUGCUCGACGCCCUCCGCAUGUACCGCCAAGGUUACCCCGACCACAUGGUGUUUGCGGAGUUCAGGCGGCGCUUCGAUGUCCUGGCCCCACACCUGACCAAGAAACACGGGCGCAACUACAUUGUGGUGGAUGAGAAGCGGGCAGUGGAGGAGCUCCUGGAGUCACUGGACCUGGAGAAGAGCAGCUACCACAUGGGCUUGAGCCGGGUGUUUUUCCGGGCUGGAUCACUGGCCAAGCUGGAGGAGCAGCGGGACACACAAACCAGCAGGAACAUCACCCUCUUCCAGGCAGCGUGCAGGGGCUUCCUGGCACGGCAGCACUUCAAGAAGAGAAAGAUCCAGGAUUUGGCCAUCCGGUGCGUGCAGAAGAACAUCAAGAAGAACAAAGGGGUGAAGGAUUGGCCGUGGUGGAAGCUCUUCACCACUGUGCGGCCCCUCAUUGAGGUGCAGCUCACCGAGGACCAGAUCCGUGGCAAAGACGAAGAGAUCCAGCAGCUGAAGAGCAAACUCGAGAAGGUGGAGAAGGAGCGUAACGAGCUGAGGCUCAACAGCGACCGCCUGGAGAGCAGGAUCACAGAGCUGACAUCGGAGCUGACGGACGAGCGGAACACCGGCGAGUCAGCUUCCCAGCUGCUGGACGCCGAGACAGCCGAGAGGCUGCGGGCUGAGAAGGAGAUGAAGGACCUGCAGGCAAAGUACGAUGCCCUGAAGAAGCAGAUGGAGUCAAUGGAGAUGGAGGUGAUGGAGGCUCGGCUCAUCCGGGCGGCCGAGCUCAAUGGGGAGCUCGAUGAUGAUGAUUCAGGCGGCGAAUGGCGGCUGAAAUACGAGCGGGCAGUGCGGGAGAUCGACUUCACCAAGAAACGGAUGCAGCAGGAACUGGAGGACAAACUGGAGGUGGAGCAGCAGGGCAAGAGGCAGCUGGAGCGGAAGCUGGCCGACCUGCAAGCAGACAGCGAGGAGAGCCAGCGUGCGCUGCAGCAGCUGAAGAAGAAGUGCCAGCGCCUGGCUGCUGAGCUACAGGACACCAAGCUGCACCUCGAGGGACAGCAGGGACGCAACCAUGACCUGGAGAAGAAGCAGAGAAGGUUUGACAGCGAGCUCUCUCAGGCACAUGAGGAGGCACAGAGGGAACGGCUGCAGCGGGAGAAGCUGAGUCGUGAGAAGGAUGUGCUGGUGGCUGAGGUCUUCGGCCUCAAGCAGCUGCUGGAGGACAAGGACUCGGACAUCGCAGGGCUGACGCAGAAGGCGGAGGCACUGGAGGCAGAGCUGCAGGACAUCUCCUCCCAGGAGUCAAAGGAUGAAGCCUCCCUGGCCAAGGUGAAGAAACAGCUGAGGGACCUGGAGGCGAAGGUCAAAGACCAGGAGGAGGAACUGGAUGAGCAGGCUGGGACCAUCCAGAUGCUGGAGCAGGCGAAGCUGCGGCUGGAGAUGGAGAUGGAGCGGCUGCGGCAGACCCACGCCAAGGAGGUGGAGAGCCGUGACGAGGAGGUGGAGGAGAUCCGGCAGUCGUGCCAAAAGAAGCUGAAGCAGAUGGAAGUGCAGCUGGAAGAGGAGUAUGAGGACAAGCAGAAGGUGCUGAGAGAGAAACGGGAGCUGGAGAGCAAGUUAUCUGCUGUCAGCGAGCAGGCCAACCAGCGGGACUUCGAGACAGAAAAGCGCCUGCGCCGGGACCUGAAGAGAACGAAGGCACUGCUGGCUGAUGCUCAGAUCAUGCUGGACCACCUGAAGAACAAUGCACCCAGCAAGAGGGAGAUCACCCAGCUCAAGAACCAGCUGGAGGAGUCGGAGUUCACCUGCGCAGCUGCUGUCAAGGCCCGCAAAUCCAUGGAAGUGGAGAUCGAGGACCUCCAUCUGCAGAUCGACGACCUCUCCAAGGCCAAGGCAGCGCUGGAGGAGCAGCUGAGCCGACUGCAGCGGGAAAAGAAUGAGGUGCAGAGUCGGCUGGAGGAGGACCAGGAGGACAUGAAUGAGCUGAUGAAGAAGCACAAGGCAGCUGUAGCCCAGGCGUCCCGAGACCUGGCACAGAUGAAUGACCUCCAGGCACAGCUGGAGGAGGUCAGCAAGGAGAAGCAGGAGCUGCAGGAGAAGCUACAAGGCCUGCAGAGCCAGCUGGAAUUCCUGGAGCAAUCCAUGGUGGACAAGUCGCUGGUGAGCCGGCAAGAAGCCAAGAUCCGCGAGCUGGAGACCAGGCUGGAGUUCGAGCGGACGCAAGUCAAGCGCCUGGAGAGCCUGGCCACGCGGCUGAAGGAGAACAUGGAGAAGCUGACGGAGGAGCGGGAUCAGCGCGCAGCCGCCGAGAACCGGGAGAAGGAGCAGAACAAGAGGCUGCAGCGACAGCUCCGUGAUGUCAAGGAGGAGAUGGGCGAGCUGGCCAAGAAGGAGGCAGAGGCCAGCCGCAAGAAGCACGAGCUGGAGAUGGACCUGGAGAGCCUGGAAGCUGCCAACCAGAGUCUGCAGUCAGACCUGAAGCUGGCCUUCAAGCGCAUCGGGGACCUGCAGGCGGCCAUUGAGGAUGAGAUGGAGAGCGACAGCAACGAGGACCUUAUCAACAGUUUGCAGGACAUGGUGGCAAAGUAUCAGAAAAGAAAGAGUAAACUCGACGGUGACUCAGAUGUGGACUCAGAGCUGGAGGAGCGCGUGGAUGGGGUGAAGUCUUGGCUCUCCAAGAACAAAGGCUCCUCCAAAGCACUCUCUGAUGACGGCAGCCUGAAGGGCAGCAGGUCAGCCCCCCCGGACGGUCCUGAGGCUGAGGAGCGACCGGUGUCAGUGUUGAGCUCCCUCAGCUACAGGAAGCGACCGGGCCUCAAGGAUUCCAUAGGCGGCCGCGGGGAUGAGCAGACGCUGUUCAGCGCUCUGGGCGAGCGGCCGCCGUCCCCCGAGCGCCCGGCGCGCAGGAAGGCCCGCGGCGGCGAGCCCGAGGACCGGGCGGCCGUCAUCGCCCGCGCCUUCGCCGACGCCAGCGGUCGGGCUCGGCAAGGGCUGGACAAGCGGUGGUCCCUCUCGGCCACCGACGUUGAGAAAGCUUCAGUUGCCUCUGCUCCAGUGAGCCGAGUCUCUUCCACCUCCUGGCGCGGGCUGGAGGAUGGGGAUGAUGGGGACGAGGGGUGCUCCAUGCUGAGCUUCGCCCUCUCCAGCCCCGGGAGCUUGCGGAGCAGGCGUGGGGGGCCUGAGAGUCGUCCCGAAUCACGGCUCUCCCUGGCCCGCAGCCGCCUGGAUGAGGCGGACGACGGGUCCCGCGGGCAGCCCCUCUUGGGGCGCAGCUUCUCUGUGCCCCCACGGCCCCGCAGUGCAGCCUCGGAGGAGGAGGGCCCUGGGGACACCCGCCCCGUGGGGCGCCGCUCCUACCUUGACCCCGACCUGGAAGCCGCCAUCCAGGAGGUGCUGAGCUACCGCCCGCUGAGGUCCAGGGGCUGCUCCAGCCCCGAUGCCGACUCAGGGGAUGACGGCCGGAGCGUGCGGAGUGUCCGGAGCGCGGCCCCCCUGGGCGCUGCCGAUCGCCCCUCUGGUAGCCUGCGCCGCUCCGCAUCCGCCCUUGACUUCUGCCGGCACACCUGCCGGUGCCGCAGCAGCUCGGGCUCCUCUGAGGAAGAGGAGGAGCAGAAGAAGAAGAGCGCCAAGAAGCACGCCAAGAAAUCCAAGAAGAAAUCCAAAAAGAAGAAGAAGAAGCAGGAGUCAUCAUCUGACUCCAGUUCCUCCUCCGAGUCCUCCUCUGGCUCCACCAGCUCCUACCGCAGCACUUCCAGUGUCAAGAAGGGCCCACGGGCGGCGGGGGGCGAGGAGCCGACACGUCCUGCCCGGGCCAAGAAGGAGGAGAAGCAGCGGAAGAAGCAGGUGGACAGCCUGAUGAUGAAGUACCUGUACCGGCCCGAGAGCGACUGAGGCAGGAGCCCCACGAGCUCCCGGCACACCUUCACCUAUGACAGAUGGGACGAGGAGCAGGACGCCGGGGACAGCACACGCCGCUCCUCCCGCAGCUCCCCCAGUGCCAGCG